UGUAAACAACGUGACUUUAGUGUGAAUCUUUUCUUUAUGCACUUUUUGGUGGUUUUCAUCAAAUUCCAUUGGCUUAAUCUCAAAUGUAGGAGUGUUUAUGUGUAAUAUCUUUUCCGUGAAAAUCCAAAUUACCACUUGGCCCAAAUCAUUUCGUUCCCAUGGAAAAUGAGGAACUUAAGUAUUCAGGCAUAUUUUGCAGGUUAAUCUCGGAAAAGUUUCUAUGCUGUGUUUCUGUCAAAAAAAUUGACUGGCAGGAUAUACUAAAAGAACUUUCUACUAAAGAUGAAGAUGAGAGUCUGAAACUUCAAAAUAUUCUGCUUGCUGAAACAGUCAAUCAUCCUCUCAACCAGAAGUAUCCUCUGAAGUUAAGCUAUCAGCUAGGCUUUCUGAAAUACAUAAUUUUGACGUUAGAAGAACGUGGAGUAGAAGUCAGUGAGGACCUCUAUUCAAAAUUUCAAGAACUAUUACAGUCACCGCCUCCUAGUUCUGAUUUCAGUUUUAAACACUACAAAGUAGCAGAUGACAAAUUUGUGACCUUAAAAGAGAGCACUUCCAUUGUAUCCGAGGGGACCACAGGUCUUUGUAGCUGGCAAGGUGCAUUUGUACUCGCAGAGUGGUGUCUAGAAAAUUCUGUUGUCUUGAAUGGCAAAGGCAUUCUAGAACUGGGCUCGGGCAUCGGUCUAACUGGCUUGGUUGUUUGUAAAACUUGUCUGCCAAAAUAUGUAGCAUUCACUGAUGUCCAUGAAUCUGUCUUGAAACAGCUCUGUUCCAACAUCAACAUUAAUACCGGCUGUGAGGAUAACUUUGAUUAUGGUCCAGAAGACCAAGAUGUUUUGCUGAAUAUUUUAUGGGAAGGCAAACACAUCCUAGUUGCUAAACUAGAUUGGUUUUCAUUUGAUUUGGACUCGAUUUUUUGUGAAUUGGAUUUUCCUGAUGUCUUGUUAGCAGCAGAUGUUGUCUAUGAUCCAAGCCUGAUCACACCGUUGUGCAAAGUCUUAAAUUCGUUUUUUGAAAAGAAAAAAGACAUUUCAGUGAUUUUUGCAUGCACCAUUCGAAAUCAAGGGACGCAUGAAUUAUUUUUAGAAACUCUAGGUAGUAUGGGUAUGACACCUAAACUGAUUCCGUUCAACAGCAAGCUCAUUUUCCACUAUGAUCUGGUAGGAAAUGUCCUGUUGUACUCUAUUCAUAAAGAGACAUAAUCGCAGUAAGAAA